GCCCCGCAGGCUCUCCGCCGCCAUCUUUGUUAGGGGCAGCGGGGCCUGGCGUCUGGAGAUGCCGAAGUCGUGCGCGGCCAGGCAGUGCUGCAACCGCUACAGCAGCCGCAGGAAGCAGCUCACCUUCCACCGGUUCCCGUUCAGCCGCCCGGAGCUGCUGAAGGAAUGGGUGCUGAACAUCGGCCGGGGCAACUUCAAGCCCAAGCAGCACACGGUCAUCUGCUCCGAGCACUUCCGCCCCGAGUGCUUCAGCGCCUUUGGAAACCGCAAAAACCUGAAGCAGAAUGCCGUGCCCACGGUGUUUGCCUUUCAGGGCGCCGCGCAGCUGGUGAGGGAGAGCACGGACCAGGCAGGCGGGGCUACAUAUGCAGACUGUCGCAAGGAGGAGGUCAUCCCUGAGGUGGGGCGGGCAGAGUGCGGCCUGGGGAGGAGGACGGACGGUGCCCUUGAAGCGCCGCCCCCGAAUGCUGGCGGCCCCACCGAGCAGGUCCUGGCGCCGAGACCGCAGGGAACCCUGGCCCCCGGGCAGCCAGCCGGCCCCACGCAGCCGUCUGAUCACAGCUACGCCCUCUUGGACUUAGACGCCCUAAAAAACAAACUCUUCGUGACUCUGAGGGAGAACGAAAAGCUCCGAAAGCGCUUGCGGGCCCAGAGGCUGGCGAUCCAGAGGCUGUCGGGCCGCCUGCGGGCCCACAGGCCGGGACAGCUGGGAUCCCGGGCCGGGCUGCGGCCAGAGCCAGAGCUGAGCCGCGCGGCCAGGCUUUCCCGUCCGAGCCUCAGGGCUCGGGCCGUGGACCCCGCUGUCCCGCCGCUGACAUGUCAAGGGACCGUGAGGCGGGCCAGGCACACCCCCGCCACCUCGGGGGACGUGUAGCUGCAUCAGCUGGGACAGGAAGGAUCCGUGAGUGCGUGGAACUGGGUCCUUCCGGAGGUGACUGGGGCAGCUGGCUUUUCGGGGAGAGCUGGGCGGGGGUCCUCAACCACAGCGUGGGGCGGCGACCCGGCCAUUGUGGGGUCGUAGCGCAUUUCCUUGAGGGGCAGCCGGGCCAGGGAAGGACGCGAGAGCGGGUGACGGUGGCACCCAGGCAGCAGGAGGGAUACACUGUGCCUGGACGGCGGCUCAGAGCGGCGGGGCCCCCCCUCCCGGCCUGCUGUGAGCGACGGACCGAAUAAAGUGUCUUCCUCCGCUGCA